CGUUAACCCCAUCCAUUUGCCCACCUAAGACCUCGAUUAUUCUGUUCGCUCUCCAAGUCUUUGUCUGGUCGCCUACGACCUUGCCCCCGCAGCCGCCACAAGCCGGAGGGGGUUCCAUGGCCGCCGCGUCGGAUCUGGAGAGCAAGGCCAAGGGGGCCUUCGUCGACGACGACUUCGAGCUCGCCACCGAGCUCUACACGCAGGCCAUCGACGCCGGGCCCGCCACCGCCGACCUCUACGCCGACCGGGCCCAGGCCCACAUCAAGCUCGGCAACUACACUGAGGCUGUAGCGGAUGCCAGCAAAGCAAUUGAACUGGACCCUACAAUGCACAAAGCUUACCUCCGGAAAGGUGCUGCGUGCAUCAAGCUUGAAGAAUACCAAACUGCAAAGGCUGCUCUUGAAUUGGGCUCUUCCUAUGCAUCUGGCGACUCAAGGUUUACUCGUUUGUUGAAGGAAUGUGAGGAACGCAUUGCUGAGGAGGCUAGCCAGGUGCCAGUGAAGAAGGUUGAGGCUGCUCCAGCUGCUCCUUCUGUGGCUGCUACUGUUGAGGACAAGGAGGAUGGUGGAAUUAUGGAGAAUGCACAAUCUAUGGUAGAAGCUCCAAGCAAGCCUAAAUACAGGCAUGACUUCUAUAACAGUCCCACAGAAGUUGUACUGACAAUAUUUGCUAAGGGUGUCCCUGCUGACAGUGUAGUUGUUGAUUUUGGUGAACAGAUGUUAAGUGUAUCCAUUGAAGUCCCUGGUGAAGAAACGUACCAUUUGCAGCCCCGUCUGUUCUCUAAGGUUAUCCCAGAGAAGUGCAAAUAUCAUGUCUUAUCCACAAAGGUUGAAAUACGUCUUGCAAAAGCUGAGCAGGUGCAUUGGACGACUCUUGACUACAGUGGCAAACCAAAGGCCCUUCCACAAAAGAUAAAUAUGCCAACUGCAUCAGCCCCUAGACCCUCGUAUCCGUCUUCAAAGUCGAAAAAGGACUGGGAUAAACUGGAAGCUGAAGUCAAAAAGGAGGAGAAGGACGAAAAACUUGAUGGUGAUGCUGCAUUGAACAAAUUCUUCCGUGAUAUUUACAAGGAUGCUGAUGAAGAUAUGAGGAGGGCUAUGACGAAGUCAUUCCUUGAAUCAAAUGGCACAGUUCUCUCGACUAACUGGAAAGAUGUUGGCGCAAAGAAGGUUGAAGGGAGCCCUCCUGAUGGAAUGGAACUUAAGAAGUGGGAAUACUAGGCUUCGGACCAUCUCUAUGCUCUGUAAAUCCGGGUCGCUGAGUCAUCGAUUGGUUGCAAACUUGCACAUCAUUGUCAGUUGGAUUCUUUUUGGUCGUGCUCUUCGUGAAGUUUCUACAUCUGUCUGUAUAACGGUCUAGCUUGUCUGAGUACAAUUUUUCUUAGCUUUUGCAUGACACAACUGAAUUUAAAGCAUGCUAUCUGUACCUCUUGUUUCAAGUGCAAAACGUCUGUGGUAACUGCUACUGCAAACUAUCAUCUAUGAAUUGACGUGAUUACGACCCGAA